GUUAGCUCACCCUCGAAUGAUUGUGGCUGGUCUGAAAAAAACGUAGGCAAGAAGAAAAAGCUAAUUUCAAGAAAAAAAGAGUGUAAGGAUGGUUAACAGUGCUUUGACCCUUCAGGCUCUUCCACUGCUCAUUCUCCUAGGGAACACACAUUUGUGCGCUUCCCAUUUCUUCUUCCUGGCUGACCUGCUGAAUGACGAGGCUGACAACUACGAGUACUAUGAUGAGUACACGCAACCGGAGCAGGACCCCAUCCUCCAGCAGCCCUCAGAGGACCCUGACUGGUUUGAGGCAUUUUUUGGCUACAGCGAUACCGGAAAAGCAGACCCCUGCUCGUCCAACCCCUGCAAGAACGACGGUAGGUGUGAAAACAGAGGAAGCAGCUUCAGCUGUCUCUGCCCUGAGCCAUACGCUGGGACUACGUGCGAGAAAGUGAAGGACGUGUGUCUGGAGAAGAGGUGCCGCAGGGGAGAAUGCCUGAUUACGUUAACCCCACCUUAUUUCCAGUGCGUCUGCGAUCACCCCUACAAACCACCUGACUGCCAACGAGCAUCUUCACCGUGCAGACCAAACCCGUGCAAAAAUGGAGGUAUCUGCAUACGGCACAGAAUCAGAUCAAAAUUCACCUGCAAGUGCCCUGAAGCUUUCAGAGGGAGAUUCUGUGAGAUCGAACCGGAUGAUUGUUAUGAAGAGGACUCCUCUACGUACAGAGGAAGAGUGAACCAAGCAGCGAAUGGCAAGACCUGCCUGCACUGGAAUUCCCAUGUUCUCUUGAACCACCCGAUUAAUGCCUUUAUGGAGGACGCUGACUCUUAUGGCAUUGGUGAACAUAACUUCUGCAGGAAUCCCGAUGAGGAUGAAAAACCCUGGUGCUACAUCAGAAAAAAUCACAAAGUGGAAUGGGACUUCUGUGACGUUUCACCCUGCUCAAGAACAGCUGAAGAGAGCCCAUGGCCAACAGACAGCCCAACAGACUCACCUGGAUCAAAUGAAAUGUUCAAAAUAUGCGGACAACCAGAAAUUCAAAGAACGCUCUCGAGGAUCUAUGGUGGAGCCAAGACUACAGCUGGCAAACAUCCCUGGAUGGCAUCUCUGCAGAUAAAGACUUCAAAGAGGAGCAGACAUUUCUGUGGUGGAGUGCUAAUUAAAGCAUGCUGGGUUCUUACUGCUGCGCACUGCAUUGAACAACCAGCAGAAGAUCUCCAAGUAGCCCUUGGAAAGCAGGACCUCAAGAAGAGAGAGCACCAAGAGCAAAUAUUUGAUGUGGAGAAGAUCAUUGUGCAUCACAAAUACAGACAGAAGGACGGUGUCCCACACAACGACAUCGCACUACUUAAACUGAAGCCGGUUGACGGUCAGUGUGCAGUGGAAACGAAGUAUGUGAAAACAGCGUGUCUGCCCGAUUUCGUCUUUCCCACUGGGACUGACUGCUUCAUUUCGGGAUGGGGCGCGACAGAGACAGAUGAGCUCUCCCGUCAGCUGUUAGAUGCCAAUGUCAAGCUGAUUUCGCAAACGAAAUGCAACGCACCCAGAGCAUAUGAUCACGUACUGGAUGAAAGCAUGUUUUGUGCAGGAAAUCUUCGGAGACCUGGAGCUGAUUCUUGUCAGGGAGACUCCGGAGGCCCACUAACUUGUGUAGAAAAUGGCUCCUACUAUGUAUACGGCCUUGUGAGCUGGGGUGAGGAGUGUGGGUUAAAAAACAAGCCAGGAGUUUACACCCAAGUGACAACAUUUCUCAACUGGAUUAAAUCCAAAAUUCGAUCUGAGUCAAGGUCACUUCAUUAGGAGACGGCUUUGGAAUGACAAAUGAAUUUCUGAAGCAUCAGGGUUGACUGUGACCUGCUGAGAUCCUUCCGUCUCCAAUUGGUCCUGUUAAAUCAAACCCAACUAAAUUGUGAGGAGAGCCAGUGGACAGGAGAAGGUUUCAACAAUUCUUCUAUAAACAUAUUUGUAUAUUAAAAAUUACCUUCCCUGGCAAACAAAAGAGCAAAAUCUGAAUCACUGCUCUGCACUGAACAAAUAUCUACAAUGGAAAAGUGCAAAAACCAGAGCCAUCCAUCUAAAUUAGAUACUACACAUACGGAAUGUGUCAACUCCUAAUUUCUAAUUUGAGCCCUAAAUAAAGAGCAAAACAGCAAACACCUGAGUUCCAGGUGGAUUGCACACCUGUAGAUUUCCCUGGGACCAUCAGAUCAUUAUCAUAUGUAGGACUUAAGAAGAUAUUGCCUGCAGUCCCCACUGCCUGCAUUCCUCAACCACAGUUAUAAUUUAUUUCCUGAGUAACUUUUCAGAUGGAAUGUAAAUCAUCGAUAUGUUCUGUUUUUCUUGGGCUGGCUUAUUGUUUGACUUGUUGCCAAAGUUAAAACUUAAAUGAAACAAGUAUUUAAAGUGCAGAACCUCUCUUUUAUUGUAACUUAAUGCUUCCUAACUGUAGGGUCUACAAAGUCCCUGUCUGGAUUUUUGCUCUCUUGUGCUGGGACACUGCAGACUGGGAGUCAUCCCCAUGGAGGCUGGGAGAAGGAAAACUUGGUAGAUCCCAAGCUUGUAAUUUCUUGCAUCUUGGGCCGGACAGAGAUGGAGGAGGCUGAAGCAUUCCCCCUUUGGAAAAAGCCUCCCACAGUAUUGGGGAGCCUCCCACGGCACACAUUAUGCUGUUAAGGGUCUACACUGAGCCGGUCAAUACAGUUGCCAGCAGAGAUUACACAGCAACACAGAUGUCUCUUGCUGAAAUUAGGAAAAGAGAAGGGGACUUGUACAAGGAGUCCCUUCCACAUCUAUUUCUGCUUUCCACGGAGGUACCAGGACACUUGGAGAUCUGACAACACCCACAAGUUAAGGGAAACACAUCCCAUAGUAUAAGUGAAUUCUGUCCCAUGGCACUUCCUAGUCCCUACAGGAAUUUCUCAGCCAUGAAGUACUGGAUUCUCAUGAGAGGUUCCUUCAAAUUAAGAUGUACACAAAGCCACAAAGCAUAACGAGGGAAGUAUAUAUUUUCUGUUCAAAUAAUGGGGAGAACCAUAGGCUCCAGGGAGCAUUCAAAAGUGUUAAACAGGUGUGCCUGUCUCCCUUCUAGAGAGCAGAGCUGUUGGGACUUGUGAGAACAGU